GUGGGAAGUAUCCUUGCUGUAGUCAAAGCCAUCAGUGCAGCUCCCGUGACUUACUCCAUUGUUCCUGGCUUUGCUAGUGGGCCCACGGAGCCAGCUCUCUUCAGUGUGGAUGAGGCCGGACAGUUGCGGCUGCUGCGACGUUUGGACAGGGAGACAGCAUCAUCACACACUUUGUUUAUUCGAGCUGAAACAGACACAACGCCUCCGCUGGUUGAUUAUAUGGAGAUUAACAUUCAGGUGAGAGAUGUCAAUGACAACAUGCCGCUGUUUACGUGUUCCCCAUACAUUGUCACUAUCCCAGAAGAUGCUGAGCCUCAACACUCCAUCAUCCAGCUCCAGGCCAGCGACAGGGAUCAUGAGGCCCAGCCACUGAGCUUCUCCUUCAGCCAGGGAAUGUCUGACAUGGCCAGUAUCUUCUCUAUCAACCCAGUGACUGGCUGGAUUGUGCUGCUGACCCAGCUGGACAGGGAGAAGCAGGAUUUUUACAACUUGACC